AUGCCUGAAAACUUCAUGAAGUAUGCAUUCUUGUUGCAGUUGAAGCCUCUCAGCAAUUAUUAUGUUACAUUCAUGAUGAACGAAUACGAUUUAGAGAUUGGUUUAGAUUAUUGCGGAUUGUAUAAUAAUAAAGAAUCCUUUUUAAUUUAUUUCGAUCAAAUUAACGACAUUAACAAAUGCUUUAUUAAUUCAGCGAGGUUCGAUAUUCCAUCCUUGCUCGAAUACUUCCUUUCACAUGGUUCAAAUAUCGUAUGA